AUCCCUGUACCUACGAGGUGUAGAGGCCGACAGACAGGGGCAGCAUCUUCCAUCACCUUCAUCCUCACAAAUGUAGGCUUAACAAUGCAGGAUGGGUCUACCUGUGGACAGCCCAGACAGAAACGAUGAUGCACGUCAAUAUGAGCAGCAGGGAGAGGGAGAAGAAGGCGAAAGCCAAACAGAAGCCUGCACCGGCUCCCCGCCGCCCAUCACCAAGAAGAGGAGAAAAAGCAAGAGGAGGUACUUUACUGCUGGAUCUGUACUUCUACUGUUAUUUCCCAUUGCAGUGCGACGAGCUGCUCGUAGAUACGGCCUCAGGGAAGCGGUGGAGGGUGAGGACUGGACGCUGUUUUGGACCGACUGCUCUGUGUCUCUAGACCGUGUUAAGGACAUGAAGCGUUACCAGAAAAUAAACCAUUUCCCAGGGAUGAGUGAGAUCUGCCGCAAAGAUUUACUGGCAAGAAACAUGAACCGCAUGCUCAAGCUUUUCCCCAAAGACUACAAUAUCUUCCCUAGAACGUGGUGCCUCCCUGCAGAUUACAGUGACUUCCAAGCUUAUACCAGGGCCAAAAAAAGCAAGACAUAUAUCUGUAAGCCAGAUUCCGGUUGCCAAGGCAAAGGCAUCUUCAUCACCAAAUCAAGUAAAGACAUCCCACCUGGAGAACAUAUGAUCUGCCAGGUUUACAUCUCCAGGCCUUUCAUCGUCGACGGGUACAAGUUUGACCUGCGUAUUUACGUGCUGGUGACGUCAUGUGACCCAUUCAGCAUAUUCAUGUUCAAAGAGGGACUGGCUCGCUUCUGCACCACACAGUACAACGAACCAACACACGGCAAUGUGGAUGAUGUGUGUAUGCAUCUCACCAACUACUCCAUCAACAAGCACAGUGAGAACUUUGUCCGUGACGAGGACACUGGCAGCAAACGAAAACUGUCCACCCUGAACAAGCUCCUGGAGUCGAGCAGCUGCAACACAGAGAAGAUGUGGAACGACAUCGAGGACGUGAUCAUAAAGACUCUGAUCUCCGCUCACCCAAUUCUCAAGCACAAUUACCACACGUGCUUCCCCAACCACACCACCGCCAGCGCCUGCUUCGAGAUCCUGGGCUUCGACGUGCUGCUGGAUCACCGCCUCAGACCCUGGGUGCUGGAGGUGAACCACUCCCCGAGUUUUACCACCGACUCACAGCUGGACCGUGAGGUGAAGGAUGCGUUGCUGUACGACACCCUGGUUCUCAUCAACUUGGGCGCCUGCGACCGCCGCAAGAUCACCAAGGAGGAGAGACGCAGGGUGAAGGACAGGCUGCAGCAAAACCGCUCCAGAGAGGCCAGGUCGGAGGAGCUGCGUCAGUGCCAGGCGGCCAUGGCGGAGCAGAUGGAGAGGUACGAGGCCAAACACCUGGGAGGCUUCAAGCGGAUCUAUCCCAGAGAGGGAGGGGAGAAAUACGACAAGUACUUCAAACACAGCAGCUCCCUCUUCCAGGAGACUGCAGCGUCCAAGGCCAGAGAGGAGUGUGCCAGGCAACAGCUGCAGGAGCUGCGUCUGAAGCAGGAGCAGAGGGAGAGAGACCAGAAGGGGGGUCGGAGGAAAGACCUGCAGGGGGAGACAGCGGGGGAGAGAGUCAGACCGCGACGAGCCUCAACACAACCCCCCAUCUCAAACUGUGACUGUGACCCACAGCUGCUCCCUGUGUCCAGAGCGUCGGUGGAUCCUGAAGCUGCAGGAGUCCAAGAAGAGAAGCAACAGCAAGAGGAGGAGGAGGCGGUGGAGGCGGCGGAGGCGGAGGACAUGGAGGAGCAGGAGCGAGUCAAUGCGCUGCUCCAGAGGAGGAAACUGCUGCAGGACCUGGGGGUGGUGGAUCAGAUCCGCCAGCUGCUGCAGGGCCGGAUAGAGGGAGGGGGAGUCCUGCAGGACACCAAGGACGCCUACACUCACCAGCAGAGCAAGCAGAGACAACAAGAGACAAAGUUGGACUCUUUGACGCAGUUUUCCCACAGGACGAAGCAGCAGCAGCAGCAGACGCCCUGCACUCAGAUCUCACGACAGCUCGUCCACUCCCACAUGACUCAGCAGCGUUUGCUCAGGCCCACGAUCGAGCAGAGAAGCCUGAACGAGUCCGCCUGCCCACAGCACGAGCCCGAGAGCCACAACAGAGCGGGAGAAAUACGAAGGACCAUCAGCGGCCAGCGGAUACACUGGCCAGGUAAACACACCUCCACACUCUGCACGCCCUGUUUUCCUCCCUCAGUCAGCAGCUCUCUGGCUCUCAGGCAGGACAGCAGGAGCAGCUCCUACACGGACACCCGGUCCCGUCCCAGCAUCCCCAUCAUAAACCACGUCCCUAAAAGAGGCGUGCGCUGUGCCUACAUGUCCCACGACCCCGCUGCCCUGCAAAGCCUGCUCAUCAUCUCCACUCGAGCCCCGCUGGUCAGGAGGCCUGGCUUCUCUCACAUCGUCCAAAACUCCUCCCGCAGGGCGCCCCAGCAGAGUAAAGGGCAGUGA